AUGGAGGAAGAUGAGCGACCAGCUGGUGAGCCAGACAAAACCCCGAAACAGCGAUUGCUUCAAUGGAUUCGAAGGAAAUUGCCUGACGAUGUGCCAGUGACGAAUUUCACUUAUGAUUGGAAUGAUGGCUUGGCGUUGGGUGGCUUGGUGAACUCAAUCUCGCCUGACUCUGUGUCAGAUUGGCGAAACUGGGAGCCAGAUGAGGCGCUGGAUAACACGCGAAGAGCCAUGACUGCUGCUGCACAAGAACUCGGAGUGGCCCCUUUAAUCACGCCAGAAGAAUUAAUCAAUCCAAAUGUUGACGAGAAAUCUGUGAUGACUUACUUGGCACAAUUUCCCCAGGUAAAACCACCGAUGAGAAAGGGGAAAUUGCAUGGAGUUGAGGUGACAGCGAUCGCUGGACGAGCCGCCGAUUUUCAUGUGAUCAUGCCAACAGAUGAGCAUAAACCAAAGCUCUCGAUCCAAGACGAGCACGGUCAGGACAUUCACUUCACUGUGAACAAGAUCCCAGCCACGUGCAACUACAAUGUCAAGUACACGCCUGAGAAAGUCGGAACGGCAAAGAUUUCCCUCUUCACCACAUCGAUUCUCAGCGGUGAGAGUGUGGCGAGUGAUUCAGCUGAAGUUCGAGUGAUUGAAGGAGCAAGGAUGCUAGACUUUGGAGGAUCCGGAAAGGUUGGUGAAGUGAAAACGUUUGAGAUCGAGAAUGCUGGGGAUGGGCCGGUUGACGUUGUUGUCGUGGAUUCAGACGGAAAAGAGCAUAAAUUACCAGUUGUUGGUUCAACGAUUCCGGGUUGUUACAUUGCUGAUUAUCCAUUGGGAAUGGCGGGAACACACUCGGUGAAUGCUUUCCAUCGUGGAUCAGCGAUUGUCGGCAGUCCUUUCCGAUUAAAAGUGUUACCAAAAAGCUCUUGGGAAACGUGGGGUCGAGGUUUGCAAUCGGAUGGAGUUUGCGUGGGAGAUAAGGCUCCAAUCUACGUUCAACCGUCGUCUUCGGAUUCAAGCGAUGACAUCAAUAAAGCACCGAUCAGCGUCGAAGUGGUAGAUGGUCACAGUCGAAAAGUUGCGGUGACACGGACGAUUUCAAAUGGUCGAGCGAAAUUCGAGUACACCCCGACAACUGAAGGAGUCUAUCGGGUUCAAGUGCUGAAUGCGGGUGAACCAAUCGGUCAAACUCCGUACGAGGUCUCUGUCAGUCCAACUUCGAAAUCUCCAGUGCGCGCGUUCGGACCCGGUUUAGAAGGUGGAAUUGCGCAACAACCGAAUCUCUUCUAUGUGAAUACACACGGCGAUAGUGAUGCUUUGGCUUUCACCAUCGAAGGACCGAGCAAAACGGCGAUCGAGUGCGCUGAUCGAGGACAGGGACAAGCGCUUGUCGAGUAUACGCCAAAAGAAAGUGGUGUCUACAAGAUCAACAUCCUCUCCAAAGGCGAGCACAUUCGCGACAGUCCUUUCGUCGUCUGGGUUGACCCAGCGAACCAAUCGAUUCGACCAUCAGCUGUUCGAGUGACGGGACUCGAGACGAAAAAAGCGACAAAAGGAGAGAAGACAACUUUCCGGAUUGACACGAAAAAUGCUGGUGCCGAUCUUCUUCCCCAAGUGAGUGUGGUCGAUGGAAAGUACGGACAAAUCAUUCCAUCAAUGCGAGAGGUGAAUCCAGGGUUGUACGAGUGUUCGUUCACGCCGAAAGACACUGGGGCACACUUUGUGAAUAUUGGAGUGAAUGGGGUAGCCGUACCAGGAGCACCUUUCCCACUAAACGUUGAGGAGAAAAUUGAUGCAUCGAAGUUGAACAUUUUCGGGCCAGGAGUGGAAGGACCGGUGGUCAGCCAACAACCCACUCAUUUCACUAUUGACGCUAAACAGGCUGGACCAGGCGCUGUUGAGGUAGCUCUUGCGGAUCGCGACGGUCGAGCGGUGGACAUUGACGUACUCGACAAUCAAGACGGAUCAUUCACUGUCAAGUACACUGCACCAAGACCAGGCGCAUAUCAGUUAAACGUUGUGUUCGCUGGUGUUGACGGUCCACCGAUUGAGAUCAAUGUGAAACCGCAUGUGGAUCGAGGUGGAAUUCGAGUGGAAGGACUUGAGAAUGCCAUUGUGACAGUGAACUGCGAGAAAGAGGUGCACGUGUUCACGUCGGAUGGAGAGAAUACAAGGAUUUUGAUUACAAGUCCAUCAGGGCGAGUGGUCGAGGCGUUGAUCGAGUCGACACCAACGGCUGAUGUUCUCACCGGUUAUUUGGCAAAAGUUAAAGUUGAUACGGGAAAGACUGAAGCGCAGACAAAAGGAUUGCAAUUCAUUGCGACAUUGCCAAAUGAGAAACGAGUGUUGAUUCCGUGUGAGAAACUCAAUGGAAAGUAUGAGGCACAAUUCAUCGCUAAUGAUAUUGGAGAGACGAAACUUGAGUUGCUUUUUGACGAGAUUCCGAUUGAAGAGGCGUUUCUUCGUGUACAUCAAGGACAAGAUGCGUCAAAGUGUUGUGCAAAUGGACCUGGAUUGAAAAAAGCGAUUGUCGGAGAGAAGGCCACGUUUCAAAUUGAUACACAGGGCGCAGGCGAUGGUGCACUCGCGUUGGAGAUCAGCGGCCCAAUGGAAGCAGAGACGCAAGUAACAGAUUUCCAGAAUGGAUCGUGCAAAGUCGAUUACAUCACGAAAGAACCCGGCGCUCAUCAAAUCGCAAUCUUGUAUGGAGAGGAGAAAAAGCAUAUACCAGGCUCACCCUUUAUGGCAUUCGCUGACUACAAGAAAGACAAUAGUAAGAUCAAGGUUGAGCUGCCAGACAAUGGAAAGCAUCGUCUUGGCGCGACAAGUGCAAUUGUGGUUGAUGCCUCAAAAACAGCUGCCGGAGAGGUGACAGCAAGAUUUCCACCAGAUCAAAACCAACCAAGUGUCGUGAGUCUGAGCAGUCGUCGGGGUGUAAAUGUGGUGGAAAUUGAUCCACACGGGAAACCGGGUGACAUCAUUCCAUUAGAGAUUUCAUAUGAUGGAGAACCAUUGAAAGAAAGCCCAUUCUUGAUACACUUGGUCGCCUCUUGUGAGCCACAAAAAGCACAUUUGGAAGCAACUAGAGAUGGAAGUGUUGUCUCUGCUGGAUCAGAUGCCUAUCUACAAUUGAAUACGAAUGAUUGUGGUCAAGUGAAAAAAGUUGCGACUGCAAUCACUGGACCUGAUGGUCACUCUCGUCAUUGUACAAUCGAAGAAAUUGGUGAUCGUCUUCAUUCAAUCCAUUUCCCCACCGAUCUAGCCGGAGUUUAUGCAGUGGAUGCACUUGUGAAUGGGGAAAAGAUAUCGGAAAGACCGUUGAGAAUACACGCGAGACCUGUGGGCAAUGUAGAGAAUGCGAGAGUGAAGGUCCGUCCAAUUGAUGAUGAAUGGUUGUUGGGUGAGGAUAAGUUCCUAAUAAUCGAGCGAGAUGAAGACGAGCUUGAGGCUCAUCUCUCACUUCUCAAAUCUCAUCCAGAAGCGCUUAUGGCCGAGAUCAUUCAAAAGAGAGUUGACGGGAAAAUUCAGGAUCACGUUCGUUUGCGUGCACUUGAAGCCGGGAAACAGAGUGUGAAUGUCGUUUAUGGCGGUGAUUUGUUGCCCGAUGGAACUGUGACUUUUGAGGCGGUUACCCAAUUGAGUCGUGCCGUCAUUUCACCGCAAACCGGCAAAGAAAACAUCGAUCAGAUUGAGCUCGAUCGUCAAUCCGAACUUCAAACAGAGGCUCAAAAAAGGGAGCCGUUUUUGUCGAAUUCCUCGGAAAAGUACUCGUUUUUGAGCGAACAACGAGCGCUGCGCGGUGACCUCCCGCCAUCACCCUCAAAACUAGCUUCGAUCAGACGAGCCUCAUCCACUUCGAAUCAGGGAAGAGACAGCGCCAUCGAGGCCAACGAGAGAAGAUAUUACGGCUUAUCUGAGCAAUCACCUGAGCUGAAAGAGCGCGAGUUUAACUUCAAUUUCGACAAAGCGCAAAUCAACAGCGAUCUUUUGAAAGCUCAGGUAUCAACACCAAUGGGAAUGAGAGACGAGGCUCAAAUUAUCGACAACCAUGACGGCACAGUUCUCGUCAAAUACGCUCCGAAAACCCCGGGACCACACGAGUUAACCAUUCUGCACGAUGGAGCUAUUUUGCAGGGAACUCCAAUCAAAUUCUUUGUUGACUCUUUCGAUUCGGGACAUGCCACCGUUUAUGGACCCGGUUUACAACAAGCGAUUGUUGGAGAGUCGGCUCAGUUCACCGUCUCAGCAAAGGGAUCACAUGCAAAAGAGCUCUCUGUGAGCAUCGAAGGAGCUGCUCAAGCGAAUAUCAAGAUUCACGAUAAUAAAGAUGGCACAUGUUCGGUCUCAUGGAUUCCACCAGUUGUUGGCGACUAUAAAGUUCAUGUGAAGUUGGGUGGACGAGAUGUGAAAGAUUCUCCAUUUCACGUGCAAGCACACGCAAAAGAUGGCCACAAAAACGCUCAUUUACAACUUGGAUCCACGUCCGAGAUAGCUUUGAACAUUUCGGAGUCAGAGUUGAGCGGAGUGACGGCAACGAUUAAAUCACCAUCGGGACAUGUGGAACCGUGCUUUGUGCGAGCGCUAGAGGGCGGAAGAUUGGGAGUCUCUUUCACUCCCCGUGAAGCCGGUGAGCAUCUCAUCAAAGUGUUCCGCGACGGGAAACCAAUACCGAAAGGACCCUUCAAGAUUAAAGUGGAUAAAAGCCAAAUCGGUGAUGCGGCUAAGGUGGAGGUGAGAGGUGAGGGAAAACACAAUGCGGUCACCAAUCAAGACAACGAGAUCCUCGUGGACACGAGUAAAGCUGGUUAUGGUGGUCUCUCCGUCUCAGUGCAGGGUCCAUCGAAAGCCGAGCUGAAAUGCAAAGAGGUUAAACCGGGUCUAAUCGCUGUCCACUAUCGACCGACCGAAGCUGGAAAAUACACAGUGAAUAUCAAAUUCGCUGAGCAACACGUUAAAGAAAGCCCACUUUCUGUUGUUUGCACUGAUCGAGUAAGUCAAACGGCUACGGAAAUCGAGAGAGAAACAACAAAGCCAUCGAUUGCUGCUGUGGGUCGUGAGGCGAACAUUUACCUCAAACUGUCGCACACCGUUGAGAACGAUAUGAGUGCUCGCUUGGUGAAUCCACACGGUGAAGAGGUGCCUGUCUCAAUUCACGAUACCGGUGAUCAAUAUUAUGCUCUUCAUUUCACCCCAAAUGACGAAGGAGUGCACACCUUGUCCGUUUUCCAUCGAGAUCAACACGUCAAUGGGUCACCCUUCAACUUUACUGUUGGACAUUUGGCUGAUGGUGGAGCGCACAAGGUGAAAGCCUCUGGAAUGGGAGUGGUGAGAGGAGAAGUUGGAGUGCCAAAUGCUUUCAAUAUCUAUACAAGAGAGGCUGGCGCUGGCAAGUUGUCUGUGAGUGUUGAAGGGCCAGCAAAGGCAAAGAUGCACUUCAGUGAUCAUAAGGACGGGAAUUGUCAUGCCGAGUACACGGUGGCCGAGCCAGGCGAGUACUCUGUCGCGGUCAAGUUCAACGAUGAGCACAUUGCUGAAUCGCCUUUCAAAGUAUUCAUGGUUCCAUCUGGAGAGGGUCAUCGACAUGGUCUUUCCUCUUAUCGUCACUCGGAACAUCGAGUCAAUGGAGAAGCGAUCAAUGGAGGAAUUCAGUAUUCAGGAGAUGCUGAUAAGGUUGUGGCUAAGGGCACCGGGCUGAACAAGUUCACCCCAGGGGUCGCCUCGUCGUUCAACAUUGAUACGGGGCUGGCUGGGACAAAUCUGCUGAUGGUCGGUGUUGUGACAUCAAAGGGACCAUGCGAGGAGGUGGUCGUCAAACACAUGGGAGCUGGGCAUUAUGUGGUCAACUACAAGAUUCACGACAGUGUGCGUGGCUUCAUCUUCGUCAAGUACGGCGAUCGAGAAAUCCCGGGAUCGCCUUUCCCCAUUGGACCUUUA